AUGCCAUCUCAUCGGCGUGUGCGACUGCUAGUCGUCGCGAUUAUCGCGAUGCUAGUCUUGACCUUUUAUUACUCGGGCGAAGCGAGCAGAAUACAGAACCAAAAGUUCUACCGAUCGACGCUGGAGGCCAUGCGGGCCAAGGAAGAGGCGAAGCAUAUGAAGUUAAAGGAGAAGAUCCAAGAUACCAUUGUCAAGCCCGGCGCUGGUGCCGCAAGUGCGCAGGUUGGUAGCGCCGAUAUCGAGCGACCGGCCGUACCCAUGGCGAAGGGCACGGAGAGCAAGAAUGAGGAGAUGGAGGAGAUUCCCAUUGCGGGGCGGACGAAGAUGACGGUGCCGAAGGUUAAGGGUACUCAGGAUUCCUCUUUGAAUACCGGGGGCUCGGAUGAGAAGAAGAUUGAAGAAAAGGUGAAAGAGGAAGAGACAUUCGAGCAGCUGGAUGCGAAGAGCGAGCUGAACUCGAUUUUGAAGAGAGCUCCAGUCAUUAUCUUCUCCAAAUCCUAUUGUCCGCACAGCAAGAGAGCUAAGAAUAUCUUGCUGGGCCACUACGAUAUUACACCGGCGCCUUUCGUUGUCGAGCUCGACCAGCACCCGAUCGGACCGGCUCUCCAACAGCUUCUAAGGGAGAAUACAGGACGGGGUACUGUCCCCAACGUCCUGGUGAAUGGGAAGAGCAUUGGAGGUGGAGAUGAUGUGGCUGCCCUGGAUCAGAGCGACGAGCUGGCAUCGAAGCUACGAGAAUUGGGCGGGAAAUGGCUUUCGGAGGUCGUGCACAAGACGCCGGAAUCUGCCCUAAGCGACGCACAAUCCCGUGACGUUCAAUUUCGCUCCACCAUCAACUCCAACCCGAAUUUUGAUCCUCCCGACAUCGACAAUUCAACCCCCUCGGCCAAUUCCACCCACGCAGUCAAGAUGCGGUACAUUCACUCCGAGGAACGGCUGCCCAUUCCGGACAAUGUGAAGGUUCACAUUCGUUCGCGGGUUGUGACCGUCGAGGGCCCCCGCGGCAAGCUCGUUAAGGACCUGUCCCACAUCGCCGUUACCUUCGGUCUCCCCGAGAAGGACGUCAUCUCGAUCGAGCUGCACCACGGUGCUCGCAAGGGUGUCGCUACCCUCCGCACCGUCCGCACCAUCAUCAACAACCUGAUCAUCGGUGUUACCCGCGGCUUCCUGUACAAGAUGCGCUACGUCUACGCCCAUUUCCCCAUCAACGUCAACAUCGAGAAGAACGCCGAGACCGGUGGCACCGAUAUUGAGAUCCGCAACUUCUUGGGUGAGAAGUACGUCCGCCGCGUCUCUGCCCGCCCCGGUGUCGAUAUCAUCACCUCCCCCAACGUCAAGGAUGAGCUCCAGCUCUCCGGUAACUCCCUGGAGGACGUCUCCCAGAGCGCCGCCGACAUCCAGCAGAUCUGCCGUGUCCGGAACAAGGAUAUUCGUAAGUUCUUGGACGGUCUGUACGUGUCGGAGCGGACCAACAUCAUUGAGGAGUAA